AUUCAUUUCACACUUCACAGCACCACAACCGUUAUAAAGAAUGCCACGUGGGCUUUUUUAGCCCACGGGCUCCCGCCACCUACGCGUUAUUUUGUGUGACUCAUGUUCCAGAUAUGGUUUUAAGUAAAAACGACAUCGUUUUAGAUAGAAAGAGGAUAAACCUCUGGUAUUGCAGAGAGAGAUUCUGACUUAGGGUUUUGGAGUAUAUUCUUUUCUGUUUCUCUUUAGCAAUGGCUGCUUCUGUGUCUCUCUAUCCCUAUAAACCCCUGCUAUACUUUUCGACUCCUUCGUGUUUUCAGUCUCAAUUUCGGAACUUGGACAGAGGGCAUUUGGAUUCUGCAAGGUUGAAGGGUAUAGUGAAACUUGCAGCACAUUCAAAUCCGAAAAUUCUCAAGACCAACAGGAAGUCAAAGUAUGGAGAGGCACUGUCGUUUUACGAUAGUGAUGAAGACGAUGAAGAAACUGACGAGGAAGAGGACGACGAAGAUGACGAUGAUUGGCUUUCUGAUGAGGAAUUUGCUGAGCCUGCUAAAUUUGAUGUUAGGAACAAGAGAUUGAAGUCGAAGACAGUUAAAGGAAAGGAUAAAGAGCAGGAGUGGGAGUGGGGUUUGAGAUCUUUGGACAAUGAACAUAGCAUUAGAUUGCCUAGAAGUGAGAGAGUGGCAUCCUUACAACGAAAUGAGAAUGGAAAGGUACCAAAUGGUGAUUCGGUUAGUAGAAAUGUAAAGAACAAAAAAUAUCCGCGGUUGUCCGAUGAGAUUCCUUUAGAUUUGAAAUGGUUACCACUUCUUGAUUACUUGAGCACCUUUGGAAUGAAGGAGUCACACUUUAUCCAAAUAUAUGAGAGGCACAUGCAAGCACUUCAAAUUAAUGUUGGUUCCGCACAGGAAAGGUUAGAAUACUUAAUGAGUGUUGGUGUUAAACAUAGAGAUGUAAGAAGAAUCCUUUUGAGGCAGCCACAAAUUCUUGAGUAUACAGUGGAGAACAAUUUGAAGUCUCGUGUUGCAUUCUUGAGGGGCCUGGGCAUACCGAAUUCUAGAAUGGGCCAAAUCAUUGCUGCUGCUCCGUCUUUGUUUUCUUACAGUGUUGAGAAUUCAUUAAAACCUACAGUUAGAUAUUUAGUUGAGGAAGUAGGCAUCAAGGAAAAAGAUUUGGGUAAGGUCAUUCAGCUUAGUCCCCAAAUUCUUGUGCAAAGAAUUGACAUUUCAUGGAAUAUGCGUUAUAUGUUUCUUACCAAGGAGUUGGGUGCACCCAGGGAUAGCAUUGUGAAGAUGGUGACAAAACAUCCCCAACUUCUCCAUUACAGCAUAGAUGAUGGAUUACUUCCAAGAAUAAAUUUCUUAAGGAGCAUAGGAAUGAAAAAUUCAGAUAUCUUGAAAGUAUUGACUAGCCUUACGCAGGUGUUGUCUCUAUCGUUGGAGGAAAAUCUAAAGCCCAAAUAUUUGUACUUGGUAAAUGAACUUAACAAUGAGGUGCAAUCCUUGACCAAGUACCCAAUGUAUCUUAGUUUAUCCUUGGACCAGAGAAUUCGUCCUCGUCAUAGGUUCUUAGUUUCCCUAAAGAAAGCUCCAAAAGGACCAUUUCCCCUUGGAUCUCUUGUACCAACUGAUGAAUGUUUUUGCGAACAGUGGGCUGGAACAAGUUUGGAUAAAUAUUUGGCAUUCCGUCAGAGAUUAUUACUUCAAAAGUUUGCUGAGAAAUAUGAAAGAAAAAUGUGACAUAACAGAAUCAAGUGAAUAUCGGUCAACUUGCAUGAGUACUGGAAGAGGAAUUUGUUGAAAUAUUAUUGUCAUGGAACGAGUUGAUACAAAAUGUUAUUUAUGGUCCGUGUCGUGGCUGAAAACCUCAUUCAGUCAUUAGAGUUUGUUCAACCUACUGGCAUACAGUCUGCACAUGAUUUCAUGACAUUCGAAUCAGUGUCUUAUUUCGGCAGAAGCUGCUACAGUAGUGUGAAAUUCAUUCUUGCUGUUCGUGUUUGAUUCAAACAGUUUUUUACAAAGUGCUUGUGGCUGAGAAUCAGAACACAUGGUUCCCUGAGGUGAGUUUGUUGCUGGUUAAUGCUUAUCACAUUCAUAUGUUGUUAUUAACCCUUUAGUCCCUAAUUUAUCACAGGUUGUGGACAAUAUUGCAAACUUAUAUUGGCAUAAUUUGAAGAACGAAGCUGUAUCAACUUUAAGAUUCAACUUAUGGAUUUUGUCAUCGCUACUCUCAUCUUUCCUUUUUACCUUCAGUGACAUGUGUUUGUAGAUAUAUUUUUCCUCUGUUUUCUUCUUUUGUGUAUCUGAAAUUAAUAGGGCUCAUUGCCAUCACCAGAACUGUAAAAUUUUUGUUACCUUGCGGCAAUUUUUAUCACAUGUGAGUUGAUGAAAUAACAUUGUUAUUCUCCA